AUGAAGGAUCUCAACGACAAGAGUCUCAAGAGUUCCAGGAGAGAUAAAGGGUCGAUGAGAAGAUCGGAUAACACGGCGCUCACGGCAGACGAAGACUUCGAUGCCGGAUGGACCGGUAUUGCGCUCAGGGCGAAUCUCGAUUGCGCCCGUUUGAGGGUGGACCUGGAGAUGGGUGCAAAAACGAGAGAUGCAAAACGAAGCGAAGCAACGGGCGAUAGCAACAAUAUGGGUAUAAAUCGAUAG